CUGUGUUAACUUGUUAAGUAGUAAUUCUUGACAGUGUGAUUUCCUGUGUUUGUUUCUGUCUUGAUAUUUUAUAUCAUGGAGCAGGUUAACGAUUACAAAGAAAGACUUGUGUCUAUAUUUCAAGGAAGUUCAAUAAGUGAAAAACAAAUUGAUGAAGUGAUUGAUAUUGUGUUAAAUAAUUCUGAUAACAAUAUUGCACCAUUUGAAAAUCAAAUAGAGAUUAUGACAGAUCUAUUAUUAGAAUCCGGGGAUUCCUGCUUAUCGAAAAAAGGAGAAAGCUCAUCAGGAGCAAUUAAUACAUAUUUUACAAACAAUUAUGCUAAUAUUUUAGAUGAAAAUGAAGAAGGAGCUGUGGGUUUUGCUCAUACCACGUAUGGUUUAACUAAAACGGAGACUAACUCAUUGUUGACUCUCUUUCCCGACAUUUGCCCUAAAUUUUUGGAUUGUUUUGUAAAAAGAAAUCCCGCUUUGAAUUUUGAUGAAAUUGUUAAUGAAUUGUCCGAAAUUGACUAUGUAAAACGGGAGGUGGAUCCUCUAGAUAUGUGGGAGGAUCUUAAAGAAAUGUUACCUAAUGCCGAUCCGACGUAUUUGAGAAAUCAAGCACGAGUAUUGGCUAAAAGACCCUUAGAAGACUACGAAGAAUUUUUAAAAAAUGCUAUUGAAAAAAACGAUUAUCCCACCUUGCAGGAUUAUUUAAGAAAGCAAGAGAAAUUAGAGGAUAUUUCUGUAUAUACUGAAAAAUUUACUGUGGCCAAUUACUUGAAAAUAAUUCCAAAUCCAGUAGAAUUUUUUACAGAUCCUGAACGAGAAGCCAUCUUAGCUGACAGCGGAUCUAGCAAAAGUGAUGAAGAGUUCGCCCUUAACUUUCUUUAUAAUCAGUUUCCGUAUUUACGACAAAAUCAAAUUCAAAAAAUUUUUAACAACUAUGGCAAACAUUUAAUUAAAACAUGCAAUAAACUGACGAUUUUACCUCGAGAUUUUAGAAAACCACGAAAGUACAUCGAACAGAAUAAUGAAUGUUUUAAUGUUAAAUUGUUACAAGAAAUUGCUUUUUUGAAACAUGAAACAUCUAUCAGGCGGUACGUGAAGAUGAAGAAUGAUACAUAUCGUAAGGCUUUAGAGGAAGCCAGGAAAUACGGAUUGCUUAAAACUUGUCUUUGUUGCUUUGACGAGGAGCUCAUUCCUGAAGAAUGCUUAUUUUGUGAUAAAAAUUGUAGUUUUUGCAAAAAUUGUGUAAAAUUGGGUGCGGAACAUGUGAUCGGAGAGGGACGAACAAAAUUCCCGUGUCUGGCUGAUUGUCCUUCUGAGUUUAACUAUUCUGUUUUAAAAAUGGUUUUGCAUGAUAAAGUUUUUAAACGAUUGUGUCAGAGGAAGCAAAUUGAAGAAAUAAAAAGUGCCAAUAUAGACGGAUUAGAAACUUGUCCGUUUUGCGAUUUUUCAAUGGUGCCAAAAGAAGGUGAUAAGAUAUUUAAAUGUGGAAACAUCGAGUGUAUGAAAGAGUCGUGCCGAGAAUGCCGUCAUGUAGCUCAUAUACCUUUAAAAUGCUCUGAAAUUGAGUACGACGAAGAUGUUAAAAUGAGGACGUACAUAGAAAAUGAAAUGUCUGAAGCUCUUCUUAGGACAUGCUGGAAAUGCUCAAAAAAGUUUUAUAAAGAAUCUGGCUGCAAUAAAAUGACUUGUCUUUGUGGGGCUAAAAUGUGCUACGUUUGUGGUGUGGCUGUGCAAGACUACUCCCAUUUUGGUAGUGGAAGGUGUCCACUUUAUACUGAAAAUUUGGACCAGUUUCAUUUUAAUAACGUUAUACAAAGAGCACAAGCUGCAAAAACUACAUUGGGAGUUGAUAAAAACCCUAAUAAGCUUAAAUUUGAUCCAACAAAAAAUUUUAAUUUGAAAUGAAAUACAUAAGUAUGUAAGAGUUUUUGCAAUAAAGCAUCAAUGGUUUUUUAUAACAAACUAA